GUCUCUCUCGGCUUCUCGGCUUCAAAUUUAGGCCGUCGCCAACCUCCGACGAAAUAGUAAUCUCCGCUGUCACGGCAAUUAUAGAUUUGGCUUUGUGUAGAUAGUGGAUGCAUUUUUUAUACUGCUUCAAUGAUUAUGCGGAUAUAUUGAGGAAUUGUGUUUAGAGGGGCAAUUGAUGUCCGCAUUAUGGUUGUAUGAGAAUAUGGAACGGGGCAGUGCUGAUCCUGAGCUAAUUUCUCAUAAAUUUCUCUUGACUGAGCACAUUUAUCAUGGAGAAUCCGGGGAGAGGAGAGGAGGUUGAUGAAUUUCAAUUCAGUGGAUGUUCUGACAGAGAUGCUGUAGAUGCCCAUGAUUGGAAGAUAUAAAGAGAGACUAUACCAUGGCUUUAUUAAUUGCCCGUGGGGAUCCAUUUUUAGCACCUUUGUUGUCCUCCCAUGUUUUCCUUCUCCAAUUCAUGGACAGUAUCCUUGACUGCAUCAAGCGCAAUGUUACUGAUAUCCUCUUCUCCAAAACCAAUAUUUAUCCUCAACCAAGAAUUUGUGAGCAAAAUGGUCUUGCUUUGCCCCUUGAAGUUGCUGUGGAGACUCUGCGAAACUGGGUGGCAAGAGAAGAUUGCUUUCCAGAAGAGGAUAACUGUAACAACAAGGGGAACCCAAAGGAAGUUUACAAUGUUUUGGAUGGAUUGCUAAAGGGAAAUUUGGAGCGUCUAAAAUCAAUGAGGGAGAGCAUAGAUGUGACAGGCAUGGUUGAUGGUGGGUACAAUUUAGUGGCUAAUUAUGAGGAUCAUGAAGGUAUAUUAAGGAGUUUGUGUUCAGAGGGUAAGCUGGGGGCUGCGCUAUGGUUGCGUGAGAAAAUGAUACAACAUGGUGCUGUUCCUGAUAUAGUUUCUCACAACUAUCUCUUAAGUGGAUUGUGUCGAAGUGGUAACUUAGAGAAGGCAGGUUCUCUGUUUGCGGAUAUGUUGAAAAUGGGACCUUUUCCCAAUUGUGUAUCCUUCAACAGUUACAUCAUGGGCUAUUGCCGUACUAAUGACAUGGACAAUGCUCUUUGUCUUUUGUCUUCUAUGGAGAGUUGUGGUGUUCAGCCAAAUCGUAUAACCUGUAACAUACUAGUGCAUGCUUUGUGCAAGAGGGGUCUUUUGGAGGAAGCUAGGCAGCUUCUUGGUCGGUUAGUUAAUGAGGAUAAUGACAAGGCAUCCUCGGAUUUAAUCGCAUCAACUAUACUGAUGGAUGGUUAUUUUAAGAAUGGUAAUGUUCUUGAGGCAGUUUAUACAUGGGACAAGAUAUCUCAGGAGAAAAAUAAGAUGGAUGUGAUUAUUUACAAUGCUUUUAUUCAUGGACUUAUUUCAAAUGGAGACAUGAGGAGUGCGAUUGGUGCAUUUUGUCAAAUGCUGAAAAAAGGUUUCCAUCCUGAUGUUUUUACUUACAAUAUUCUUUUAAGAGGAUUCUAUGAAGAAGGAAAAUUGUGUGAGGCGUCCCAUGUCUACUGCAUUAUGUUAAUGAACGGAGUUGCUCCGUAUUUGAUCACUUACAAAAUAAUUAUUCGAGGCUUAUGUGCUCAUGGAGAUGUUGAGAAAGCAUAUGAGUUUCUUCAGCUUAUGUUAAAGGAGUCAAUGGUGCCUGAUCCAUCCAUAUGGAAUUGUGUUAUUAAUGGUUAUGGAAGAGGCGGUGAUCUUGGUAGAGCGCUAUUUGUGAGGGAUCAGAUGUUGGUGUCUGGCAUUGCGCCAAAUGUUUUUACAUAUAAUGCAUUAAUAGAUGCACAAGUAAAGAGGGGAGAUCUUUCAGAUGCUUGCUUGCUCAUGCGAGAGAUGCAUCCAAAGGGGCUUUUUGCUGAUGUGGUUACUUACAAUAUGUUGAUAGGUGCUGCUUGUAACUUACGCCAGAUGGAUUUUGCACUUCGGUUAUACAAUGAAAUGAUGAGAAUGGGGUGUAAACCGGACAUUGUAACCUAUACUGAACUAAUCAGGGCUUACUGUGUGAGAGGUGACUUGAACAAGGCGGAAAGGCUUUUUGACAAGAUACAAAAAUCUGGAAUACCAAAUGGUCAUGUUCCCCUGAAGAUUCUUGUUAAUGGAUACUGCAAAAUGGGGAAGCUUAAUCUGGCUUUUAACCUCUAUAAGAAGUGGCUAUCGAACUGGAACUGACUUCCCCUUUUUAUGCUAGAGAAGUUGGGAUUCUCCCCACAUGCAACUGCAAUUUCUCUUAGGCAUAAUUCAUGAUGGUGGCUUUUCCACUUGUGGUGGCUGUGUAUUAUGCAUCAGCUUGAUCCAAGGAUUCUGAUACCACGACGGAGUUCCAGAAAGGAUUUAACUGUCAGAGAAGAAGCAGUUUCAAAAAAUAUCUAAAGGGGGUUUCUCCUUUAGCUUGUCCAUGCACAAUGUUAGCAUCAUAUUGAGGCAUGCUUUCCACAGGAGAAAGUUUCAUGCUGCAAGAGCAAUAUAAUGCCGCAUGGAGAAUGCAUCUAGCUACGCAUUCACAUUUGUGGGAGCAGAGUGUCAUCCCAAAAAGACAAAAAGGAAAAGGUCCUUGCGGACCUUUAUUCCGGUGAUGAGCUUGUGUGGUCGGAGCCGCCAGGUGAAUAUAUGUGCGAGGAUGUGCUGGCUAAACAUGGGAGAGAACAGGAGGAAGGGCUUGUUAUACGGCUGGACUCCAUUGUGGAGACCUAUUCCUCUGAUGGGCUUGAGUUAAUAUCUCCACUCACUGUGACAAAGCCAGUCAUGGGUAUGAUUUGGAUCACUCAGUUUUGCAAGUGUGUGUUGUCUAGACUUACUAUUAGAGGGACUUCUCAAUGUACUAGUAUGGUGUCUUAUGCCCCUGUAUUAGGGAUUAACGAGCAAAAACGCAUUUUGUAGUAGGGACCACCAGACAGCUAUUGCACGUUUGGUAGUUCAUUACA